AUGAUUAAAUUGCGGUAACUAUUUCGUUUCUCAAAGAUUCAAAAUAAAAGUUCAAUUGAUGGAAUCAUUGAAUAAAGAAGAUCAACUAAUCGUUAAUUAUCUAAAGAGGAAUUACAAAGUCGGGAUUUAUAAAUAUUUUGGCAUAGUCCUUAAACUGAUAUUGUUAUUUAAUUAGUACUAUACAUGAAGUAACUUUAAUAUUUAAUUAGGCAUGAUUGUCAUAUUUGUUAGAAGGCUUUCUCUAUUUUAAAUUAUUAUAAUAUUAGCUUUGAUAAAGUCGAAAAUAUUUUGUUUUUAGAUUUUGCUAAGAAAGCUAAAAUAAUUACUCUUGAUAAAUGGGAAUGGCCAGUCUUAAAAGUGAAUGUCUCAUUAGAUUCAACAUAAUUUGUAACAGGAUCUGAAAAUAUAGUUUCAUUUCUAAUAAAUAAAGAAUUAAUCUUGAAUCCUAAUCAUUUGACCAAUACUAUUUUUGCAUAGUAAGGAAUUGAAUUUGUUAUUCAAAAAAUUAAAAAACCAUUAGAUUUACUUUUUUUAAACCCCAUUUUAACAUGGCAAAAUCUUUUUAAAUCAAAUCCAGAUUCAUAUGCUAAAGAUUCUAAAAAUUAUUUACUUAUUAAUUAUAUGUUAAAAAUUGGAUAUAGGGCAUUUACACAAAGUUCAAGAAAUGUUUAUCAAAUGAUUAGACAAAAAGAAGCCUAUUUUAAAGCUUAAAGAGAACUUCUUGAUGGAUUAAAUGAAUGGACUUAAAGAUUAAAUGGAUAAUAGUUUCAUGGUGGAAAGAAACCAGAUGAAGCAGAUUUUGAAGUAUUUUUAUUAAAAUAUUAAGUUAUUUGGUGUGAUAAUGAGUAGAUACAAUAGUAGUUCUUUUAAAAAAUUUAUUGAAAACAAAGCACCAAUUAAAUUUUAUUAAUGGGUUUUGAGAAUGUAGUAAUUAUGUAGAUAUGAGCAAAACCGCUUUUAUGCUAACACAGAUACUAAUGUAAUUGAAUGA